CCCCAACUUUGCUGUGCUGUGUGGAGAGAAAAAAACAAAAAAACAAUUUGCCGUUAAUUUCUUUAUAGCAAAAAAAAAGAAUAAAUUAAUCUUCUGCUUUAGAAAAAAGCAAAAAUUUCUAAAUUUCUUGUGAAUUAUUCCAAAUUCAUAAAAACAAAAUCUCACAAAAAAACAGAGAGAAAUUAAAUGCGCAACUGAUUAUGGCAACUGGGGUGACUUAUACGGCACCACAAUCAUCAACGACACCUCCUCCGUCAACGCCACCACCUCCACAGCCGCCGCCUAAAGUUUGUGUUAAUCCUGCAGCAGGAUCCACCUCUGUGGACAAUCAAUAUUUCUAUGAAGACGAAAUAUUUCGCAUUGACAAGAAGGGUCGCGUUAAAUUCGGUCUAGUGCUUGAGAAUUCAGAGACAUUCUCGGGCGAUGACGAUGAUGAACUUGAUGUUUUGUCGAAAGGUGAAAUUCGUGUUAUAUGGCAUCCUGAGGGCAAGGAGGAGGUCAUAACGGAUCGAGUGGUUGGUCUGGCUGAUCGAACACUAAUGCCCGGAGAUGUAGUACGUCGUUUGGUUCCUGGAAAAGACACUCAACGUGGCUAUUGUCGAGAGAUUAACAUGCGCUCUGAUGUCCGAAUUCUAGGCACAAAGAAUAUUAUUAAAAAUGUUAUGGCCGAAAGAUUACAACCAAUGGUCAGGAUGCCACGUGACAGUGCCGUUUGUCUAGAUUCUUGGGUUGGCAGUGUUAAGUGUGUCAGUGAGAAAAUAGUCUUAAAAUCAUCGUGUGGUGCUUUAAUUGAAGUAUCUGACUUGGAAUUGAUAAACUUUACUGAUACUAAUACAAAAUUUCGCAAUGGUCAUUUUGCUGAGAUGGUUUAUUAUCCAGGACAGGUUAUUAAUGGCCGUCUAGAAUCAAUGGAUAAUGUUAAGAUACUAUCACCAACAAAUAAAAAUUGGAAACCUUUGUCUAGAAAAUUCAGAAAGUUCACAGUGCAAUCGGUACGUCUACACUCCGUUUGGGUACAUUGGCAAUGCAAAGCUCUCUCAGAAGAUGGUGAUAUCAAGUCGAAUCUCCUACAACAGCCAGAUCCAACUGUAACUGGUGCUGAUUUGGAUCGCCUAAAACGGCUGAAUCUCUUUGAAUCUUGCAUGCUUCAAAUUAACGAUAAGAGCUUUUUAAAAUUUGCCGACUGUGAUGUUGUGGUGCGAAAGUCUGUGUGGGAGAAAGAACACGCAAUAAAAUACAAACUCCUUCUAAGCCAGCAAGAAAAAGAAGAGCAUUUGAAUAAAAACCAAAGCAGAAGUACCAAAGCCCCAACUCCAUUCCGAAACGAAAAGACUAAAGCCAACAAAUUCUCCAAUUCAUCAUUGGAAGCUCCGGGUCAAGAGAAGCAAUCUUUACGCAUGUCACUUAAACCAUUGAGCAAAGCAAAUCUGGAAAAGUUCAAUACAUCGAAAGAGAGGAAUGAGACUGAGAAGAAAACGGUUGAUGGAGAAACACAACAGCAGAAUCAGAAUCAAGUCGUCUCUGCCGAUGGUUGGCAAACUGAUGAAGAUGAAGCCGAUGGACUUGAUGAUGAUGAAGAUGAAACUGAAAGUACUGCUACAACCAUAUCGACUUGUUCGAGUCCGACUCCAAGGAGUAGCCCAAAACAUACGUCCAGAUUGCAGAAAAAGCAAGUAAAAAAAUUAAAGAAGAGCAGCACCGGUGCAAGUUCGUCCACGCCCCUUCCUAAUAUUGGUGAUGAGCUGGUCACUGAAGCAAUGAUGGUUUACAGCACAGCAACAGUUGUAUGGCAAGAUGGUGCAGUCGAAUCGGGAAUAUCUUCAACACAACUUUAUCCCAUUCAUCAUUUAGAUGAUCAUGAAUUUUUCCCUGGUGAUUUCGUUGUAUGUGGCAAAGAAGAUUCUGAUGUAUCGUUCCGUGAUUAUGGUGUAAUUCAAACAGUAGAUCAUCAUGGUAGAACAGCCAGUGUUAAAUGGUUCACCACUUAUACAUCUGCUGUUGAACCAAAACCAACAUAUAAAGGUCAAUCUGAGAUGAGUGUUUAUGAUUUAAAAGAUCAUCCUGAUUUUCAAUAUCGACCUGGAACAAUGGUCAUUCGUGUGGCAAAUUUUCUUGGUGAAGAUGCCACUUGCACUGCUGGUCAAAUUAUUGACAACUACAUCGAUGGCAGGGUUAAGGUUUGGUGGGUUGAUGGACACAUUAGUAUGUGUUGGCCACAGGAUUUAUUCGAAGUUGGACAGUAUGAUCAUGCUGAUUGGGCUCAUGAUACCGAUGACUCAUGGGAGACGGAAAGCGAAACAAGUGAAUUUGGUGGUGAUACACCACAGUUGAAAUUUUCAGAAUCUCAUAUUUUGACUAAUUUCGAAAGAGCUCGUGUAGCCAUAUCGGAAUUGGAGGAGAUUUUUAGCUUGAAUCCAAAUUUACAGAAUCAUGAAGUCAUGAAAAAGCUUCUUGUUGUCUACAAAAAUUGUCGAUAUCUAGAUCGUCUAAUGAGUACUAGCUUUUUCCACGAAAGUCAUUUUAUGGGUUUAUUGGAACGUGUUGGUAAAGAUACAAUGGAUACAACAACCAUAUCCGAACGCCCUUCGCAAGAUCGUAAAAAUCGUCUUUUCAGUGAUAGUACUACCCAACAUUCACAACAAGCUAUAGGUAUUGUAGUUCCAGUCAAUAGCACACAAACAAACACUAGCAGUGUUAGUUCACCCAAAGAUUAUGCUCCCAAAGUGAUAUUCAAUAUUUCCUCGACUCCAUUCAAAUGCCUAAAGAAAAAAGCUACCAAAUCAGAGCUGACAACACCAUCAAAUACCAGUAGCAAUCCACUACAAGAAUUCACUGAAUUGCAAUCACCUCCAAAGCAACCUCACAAUACACCGAUCAAUACCAAAGUUACAGCAUCAGAUCCGUCAAAGAGUCCUUUCAGUCAAGAAAAGAAUAAACUCUUAACAUCGGUAAUGUUGAAUAUUGAAAAAGCUACCGAAAAAACCAGUCAACUUAAGUUGGCCAAUAAUAAGUCGCAGGACGAUUCUGGGAACUAUACUCGCACAGAAAACUGCGACGGCAGUUCCACCAGCUACGCUAGCUCCAAUGAUCUAACAAAUAUCGAUACAAAUGGAAGUUUUCUAAAGACAAACGAUGAUCAACAAUCGGUUUCAUGCAGCAGCAUUGAAUUCACCGAUGAUGCGCCACCCGAAUUUGUAUGUAUUCGAUUGUGUUGUUUGCUCAAAGAACAAUUGGUCAAGUGUAUCAAUGAAAUUCGACAAAAAUACUUUGUGGAUAAUUUGAAUUUGAGUGAAAUAAUCGAAAAUGAUAUUGUUGAUGAUCUGGAUGUGAUAAUCGAGACGACAAAUGAAGUUGUUGCUGAAAAUAAUUUGCAUAGAAAAUCUAUUGAAAUGACUCCAGACACACCGACUGUGGAGGAUCAACCUGAGACAGUUGUGUCGACACCCAAUGUGCCUUUAGAAUGUUUCCAAGUAUUGGAUGUCGCUCCGAAAACUCACAAAUACGAAUUAACUAUCUUGCAACCAAAUAAUUCUCAACAAUAUUACAAAGCUGUGCAGAGAGAGCAUAGAAUGUUAAGGUCUUCAUUGCCUCCAGGUGUUUGGGUUAGAGUCUUUGAAGAUCGCAUGGAUUUAGUGAGUGUAAUGAUUGCUGGACCCAAAAAUACACCCUACGAAGACGGAAUGUUUUUCUUUGAUAUUCAACUUGGUCGAGAUUAUCCAAAGAGUCCACCAUCUUGUCAUUACAUAAGUUAUUGUUCAGAUCGCUUGAAUCCCAAUUUGUAUGAGGAUGGAAAAGUUUGUGUUUCGUUGUUGGGUACUUGGUCGGGACGUGACACAGAAGUUUGGGGACCUAAUAGUACCCUAUUGCAAGUUAUUGUUUCAAUUCAGGGAUUGAUAUUGGUGGCAGAGCCGUAUUUUAAUGAAGCAGGCUAUGAAAAGCAAAGAGGUACACAACAAGGUACUGAAAAUUCGCGCAUGUACAACGAGAUGGCAAUUAUUAAAUUAGUUCAAGCUACAACCAAAUUGCUAUCCAAUCCGCCACCAAUAUUUCGUGAGCAAAUUGUCGAACAUUUCAAAAAGAACGGUCUUGCAAUGUACAACCGCAUCAAAGGUUGGAUGGAAUUGUCACAAAUUGCAAAUACCCCAGACACCGAACAACAGUCUUUUAUUAGUAAUGAUGUUGCUCCCGAUUUUCCACUUGUGCCUGCAAGCCGCGGUUUUUGUUUAACAGUAUCAGGCCUAUUGGAGACCUUUCACAAGAAAUUGGAUACUCUCGAUGCCACAUUAGCAGUAGCCGAACAGCCCUAACCCUUACUCCUUAGCUGUAGCAAACUUAAGCUUUCUUUUCUAGUUAAUUUCUCAUAAAUAAAUUUGAAUUUAGCUAAAAAAAAAAAAAUAAGCGAUCUAUAUACAAAAAAAAACGAUUAGUAUUAUUUUGUUUUCUCAAAUAUUUAUUUAAAAAAAAAACAUUUGUAAUUAUUUUAUGUAAAAUUAAUGAUUUUUGUUAAUUUUUUCUGUUAUGUUUUUUCUCAUUUUUUUUUAAUUAAAUUAAAUUAUUAUUUAUUAAUUAAUUUAGUACAGAUACAACUGUCGAUCUUUUUAUGUUAAUAAAUUGUUGUAUAAUUAUUUAUUUUCUUUAAAUAAAAAAUAAAUCCAUUUUAAUGGCGCGAAAUUUACUAACAACAUUGUAUUAGUUUUUAUAUGAAAAUGUAAGGUUAUAUUUAUUAAUGUUAAAAAUGAAGAACAUUUUCCAUGUCACAAUAUCGAAUGGGUCUAGAAAUGUUGUAUACAAUUUUGCGUUAGUUUUUAGUAUUGUUUAUUUGUCCUUUCUGUGUUACUUUUUCAGAAUUUUUUUUUUUUUGUU